UUUGCAUCCGGUAGUGACCCUCGAAAUCUCUUCUUGUUCUCACUCGGCUUGGGGGGAGGAGAAGCCAAGAGGAUUCGAGGUCGACGAGGUUCGACGACUACAGUUCUCUCAGGAUAUACAAGGGACAGGGAGGUUCGAUUCUCAUCCACCAGACCUACCAUCCUCGUUCUUUGCCCGGGCUUGAAGAGACCGAAGAGACGAAUCUCCAGCAGCAGACGAGUGUCCAGUACCGUCGUAUAGCCUCAUAAUCUCAAGAAGAUGUCUUCUGGUAUCUGUAGCAACCGACCUGACCAGGGUAUCGGUCUCCACAAAAAGGUCUUGACGACAUGUACGACCGACGUCUUCCUCGUCCCCCUCGCUCCCCUCGUCGCGAUCCUCAUGUUCUUCGUGUGUUUCGCCAUCCGGAAACGACACCCGGGGGAGAGGGAAGAGAACGUGCCCUUACAAGACUACACCUCGAAGAACACCUCGGCGGUAAAUAGAGAGGCCAUCCAUUCUUACCGUGCCGAGCGGGAAAAGAGACAGUCCAAGGCAGGCUUUAGGUUCGGGUUGGCGGUGUUGUGUGGGAUGUUCUUGUUGGCGGCUUUCGGGAUCGAGGUCUAUGAGAUGAUCCGUCUCGACCAGGCCAAGCUCGGAAUAGGUCUCCUUCCUAUUGUACCCAUCGGCAUCACCAUCGUCCUCGUCCCCCUCUUCGUCCCCACCCACGGUACCAACAAGUACUCUCGGAUCGCCCGACCGCACUUUUUCCCCUGGGCCCUGACCUGCUUGGUCUUUGGGGUGUUGAGUUGCGUGUUGGUAGGGGUCAGGCUGAACAGCUUGAUCAAGUUGGGUGAGGUAGAGAACAUGAACAAGAAUUCGGCAAAGAGCAAGCAUUUCAUCGAGAACGGGACCAGGAAGCUCAUCUCGGUCCUCCUGUGUGCCAUGUACGGAGCGUUCUCGAUCGUCUACUCGGUUCUGUGGUUCCACGAUGCGCAAGCCUAGACAGGUUGUGCGACGUACCUACACAAAUUUCACGACGGAACUUUCGCCCACACAAUAUCGCCGGCGAAGGUACCAAGCAUUCUGUAUCUCCAUGUGUCAGCGAGCCUUGGCUUGGACGGCUUCAACAACUCUGUAUCACUCCGCUGGACUCACUCGCCUUGCAGACCAGUUUUUUGCUGCAGUAAAGGCUUAA